AUGUCUCGCACGCUGCUUGCCCUGCCGGCACUUCGCACUAUAAAGCCCCUCAUCUCCCGCAACCUGCCUCGCGCUACCGUCUCGCCUCAUCACCUCUCGGUUCGACACUCUUCCUCACGCAACCCGUUUGACCUGACAAAAGUUCCGCGCUACGAUCCCUCGCGCCCUAGCACAAUGCAGUCGUACACACAGUCGUUUCCGUCCGACUCGGAUGCGCUGGUCAAGCUGUCGUUCGAUGGCGAGUCGCGUAUCUUUACGCUGACGAUGCUGGGUGCCGAGACGCCCGACAACCGUCUUACGCACCGACUGCUCGGUGAAGGUCUGCUGCCCGCGAUCAACCAUGUUGAGGGCAAGUGGAAUGCGAUGCUCGAUUCGGGCGAGUCGGACCAGGGUGCUGCACUGAUCACCACAGGCGGUACCGAUGCCAGCGCCAAGAUCUUCUCCAACGGCCUGGAUUUGGAAAAGGCGAUGGCGGAUCCGCACUUCUUCGACCGCUGUCUCAAUGCGGUCUACGAGAAGCUGCUCACCUUCCCCAUCCCCACCAUCGCCGCUGUCAACGGCCACGCUUUCGCCGCGGGUUUCGGCCUGGCCUGCGCACAUGAUUACCGCGUGAUGAACGCAAAGCGCGGAUACCUGUGCAUGAACGAGAUCGACUUUGGCGCUCCCCUCCCCGCCGGACUGCAGCAGGCGCUCGCGAGCAAGAUCGACGACCAAAAGACCAUGCGCAAGAUCGUGCUCGAGGGCCAUAGGUUCAGCGCCAAGGAGGCGCAGGAGGCUGGAUUUGUCGAUGUGCUGUCCGAGAGUCCACAGGAUACAAUGGACAAGGCGGUCGAGCUGGCGAACAAGCUCAAGGGCAAGGCAAGGAUGAACGCUUGGGGCGCGAAUAAGGAGGUCAUCUAUGCGCAGGCGGUCAAGAUCAUGAGGACCAAACACGACGAUGCCACCACCGCCAUCUUUGCCCCCCGCGCCAAGAUGUAA